AUGACCUCCGACAUCUCAGUAGACCCCCCCUCGCGGUCCUUCCGUGGCAAAGUGGCACUUGUGACCGGCGCGGGAUGUGCAGGCGAGGGCAUCGGCAACGGGCGCGCCAUUGCCAUCAUGCUGGCGGCUGAGGGGUGCAACGUCGUCUGCGUGGACCGAGACCUGGCCUGGGCCACGAGGACGGCCGAUAUGGCCAACAGCAAGCCGGGCCGGGGCCGCACUCUGGCUGUACAGGCCGACGUAACAGUGGCGGAAGACUGCGAGAAGGCAGUGGCUGUGGCCAUCCAUGACUUUGGCCGCCUCGAUGUGCUUGUAAACAACGUCGGCAUCGCAGGGGCCCCAGGGACCGCGCUGGACGUCGACAUGGAGCAGUGGGCGGCAGGUCUCGAGGUCAACGUCUCCAGUAUGGUUCUCAUGGCCAAGUACGCCAUCCCGGCGAUGCGGCGCAACGACGUCGACGUCGAGGCUGGCGAGAUGCGUGGCGUCAUUAUCAACAUGGGCAGCGUUGCUGGUCUGCGCGGCGGCACGCCUCACCUGCUCUAUCCGACCAGCAAGGGUGCGGUGGUCAACAUGACGCGCGCCAUGGCUGCUCAUCACGCAAAAGAUGGCAUCCGGGUCAACUGUGUAUGCCCCGGCAUGCUGUACACGCCGAUGAUGUACGCCAACAUGUCUGACGAGGCGAGAGCCGCCCGCAAGGCCCGAAGCCUGCUGGGCACUGAGGGAAACGGUUGGGACUGCGCCGGCGCCGUUGUCUUCCUAGCCAGCAGCCACGCGCGAUGGAUCACGGGGUCGAUACUCACCGUGGACGCCGGCACCACGGCCGCCGUAGGUAUUGGUAUGCCUGCAAGUGCCAGCGUAAACGGCUAG